AUGGCGGCCUCCUUACUGAGCAGGAGGACGGCUAGGGUUUUCGGGAUUUCUUCGAUAAAUUCUUUACUACCAAGCUUAUCCCAGUGCGUGAUCUUACAACAGGUCGCCGGUUAUAACCCAAAGCCUCUGAGGCUUAAUUUGAAAACGCCGUACAUUCCGGACAAGAAUAGUGAGAAAACACCGGAAUGGCAGAAGACGGUUAAAUAUGACCGUACCCUGUAUGGAAAGUACGGCGCUGCAUCUGGUGUUGACCCUGUCAAACUCUGGCCCACACAUGAACAACUGGAUGAAAUGAUUGCCGAAGAGAAAGAGUGGCAUCCUCCCCUUGAGAAAAUGUUGGAGAACAUCGCGGUCAAAGAGAAAGAAAGGGCCGAGAAACGACUAGCAAGGGAGAAACUUAUUGCUGCUAAUAUGGCUAAAAUGCCUAAGAUGGUGGCAGACUGGAAAAGGGAGAAACAUGAGGCCAAAAAGAAACAGAAAGAGGACAAAGCGCGACGCGACCGUCUUUUGGCCGAAGCUCGCGAGCGGUUUGGCUACGCGCUGGACCCUCGCAGCCCCAAGUUUUUGGAGAUGGUGAGCGAGAUAGAGAAGGAGGAGAAGAAAAAGCGAAAACUUUUGAAAAGAAGACAGAAAGAACAGCAGCAGGGCCUUGCGGGCGGAGCUCCGCCUCCACCCGCUGCUACAUCCUAAACACACCACCUACAAGUCGGUUUUGGACUUCUGUACAUAGCAUCACAACCCUGGGACUGUGUGAAUUAAGAUUGUCAAGAAAAGUGCUGACCUAGGAUCAGUUUUUGCCUUUAUUUCACUGUUAAUAAACAUGGACAAGGGCCGAGGGGCACUGAUCAUAGAUCAGUACUCUUACGCAGAGGCGCUUCUUUCAAAUAGACCUUAUGUAUACAUGUAUAAAUGUCAUCAUUGGUUGUCAAGAUUUUCUCUUUGUCUCUUUAAAUAAUACAGAAACCAACUUUCUACAGCUCUCUCCACCAUAAGUUAAACACCGACGUUUAUCCUUU